AUGUCCAAAGGUUCGCCGAACGAACCAUCCUUGCGACCGCCAAUCUUCAAUGUCACAAACCACGAUGCCUCACGAACCACUCCCGGGGGCUUCUGGUUUGUUGCUCCGUACGCAGACCUUGUCCAGCGGGAUCCCGGCAAACUCGCCGUACCCGCACAGGUCGGACCUCAUAUCUACGCGGACGAUGGGACGCUGAUCUGGAGUGGGGCUGACAUGUUUCCAACCCGCUCGGUUUGCGACUUUCGCCAGAUCGAAUAUCACGGAGCGCCGGCGCUUUCUUUCAUCGUGACUGCACGAUCGUCCGCAAAAUAUCCCCAGGGCGCCGCUCUUAUCUUGGACGACACUUACUCGAUUGUUAACGAGGUCUUCACCCCGAUCCCGGGCAUAAGCAUCAAUAUGCACGAGUUCAAAGUGACCGACCAUGGCUCAUCCGCACUACUUUUAUACGAUACGCCCACUCAAUGGUCAAACGAUCCCUAUCUCUCGUGGGGUUUCGUCGAUUCGGGAUUCGCAGAGAUUGAUCUUCUCACCGGUCAACCACGAUUCAUGUGGAAUUGUUCCGACCACAUUCCUCUCACAGCCUCCACCAAGCCAGAGCCCGAGCCCGGCGAUCGCUCUGUUUGGGACUGGAUUCACCUCAACACCGUUGAUCGUGAUGCGAACGGCGACUUUUUAGUUACCGCAAGACAUACUGACGCCAUUUACAAAGUCUCGAGACGCACGGGUGCCAUUCUGUGGCAACUGGGAGGAGUCGGAUCAUCAUUUGAAUUGCAAGGCUUCAACUUCUCCAGACAGCACGAUGCCAGGUUUGUUGAUGCAAACGGCACAACGACAAUAAUCUCGAUCCUGAACAACGCUUCCGACGGCAUCGACAUGACCGCAGAUCUCUCUUCAGCCCAAUUGAUCAGAUUGGACCACACGACAAUGAAGGCUUCUCUGAUCCAAAAGUGGGACCGCCCAGAUGGACAACUCAGCCACCUGCGAGGGAACAUGCAAAUCUUGCCCGAUACCAACAUCUUCGUCGGCUGGAGUGCAAACGACGGAUACGUGUCGGAGCAUUCCGCGGACGGCGAUGUUCUGAUGGAGGCUCGCUUCCUCUCGGAUCGACUUUCAACGUAUCGGGCGUACAAGUUCUUCGGAUUUCGAGGGAGGCCGCAACAUCCACCCACAGUCAAAGCCAUAGUGCACUCGACGUCAGCAUCCGAGUGUGUUACUCUCGUCUACGUGAGUUGGAACGGUGCCACCGAUGUUGCCUACUGGAACUUUUACACUUCGAAACACAACGAGCCGGAAGGUUUCGUCUACUCCGGAAGAAAGAACAAGACAGGAUUCGAGACGGUCUACUCAUACGGCGGUGCCUCCAGGUGCAUCGUUGCAGAAGCUGUUGCCAUCGACGGAACUCCGAUUCGAAAUUCGUCAAUCGAGGCACCGAUUUGGCAAGACGCUGGAUGCUCGCUUGAGACGGCGUACUUUCUCGAAAGUGAGCAGCGAAUGGCAGAUGGUGCACCGCAGGCUGCAUCCCACGACAUUUAUGAUGGCUUGAAGAGCAUGGCGUCUACGAACCCUCUUGUUCUCGUUGCCUUGGGUUUCUGUCUAUCCUACCUGCCACCACUACUGCGGCGGCCCCAAGGGCGAAUCGGCGGGGGGAAGCAAGCCUGCGGCUAACAAGCUGCGUCGAUGCCAACGUUGACCUUUGCGCCGACGGCUUUGCUGGCACCCAGCUGGAUCAGGCGUGCAAGAGGCAUCGUCGGUCAUUGGCUUUCGACAUCGCCAUGGCCGGCUAAUUGGCAUCCAACAUCAUCGGGUAAUAUUACUCGUCUUCCAAAUCCCAUGCAAUCGUCUUCGGCGACUGACGUCGAAGUUGGUCGAAGAUCUGCAAUGCAUUAGUCUCAGGCUACAAGUAGCUGGAAAGCUAACUUAGUGUAUUCAGCUGCAGGCUUCCA